AUGGCUCAUGGCUUCCUUCUCUUCCUCUUAUUCUCUUACACUAUAUCUGCAAAUAUUCAUGCCUACAAACAAACUGAACAUACCUCCCUCCUGUCCUUUGCUUCCACUCUAUAUUCCCCUCCUCUAAAUUGGACAUCCAUUGAUUACUGUCGUUGGAAGGGCAUCAUUUGUAAUCAAGAUGGUUGGGUCACCCAUUUGCUCUUGCCUUUCGAAGGGAUCAAAGGAGGUAUUUCUGCUUCACUUGGAAAUCUCACACAUCUCACCCACUUGAACCUUUCCCACAAUUUACUAUAUGGUUCACUUAAAACUCAGUUCUUCUUGUCUUUGAAUCGACUCGAGUUCCUUGAUUUGAGCUAUAAUCUUCUUUCUGGAGAGCUACCAUUUUCUCUAUCAUCCAGCAAUAUCCGGAUAGUCGAUUUGUCCAGCAAUCACUUUCAUGGUGCAAUUCCAUCUUCAUUCUUCCAACGAGCAAGCAACUUGACUAGUUUCAAUGUCAGCAACAAUACUUUCACGGGGUAUGUCCCAUCCUUUAUUUGUCUCCAUUCUUCUCCCUUUGUUAGGCUAUUGGAUUUUUCUUCCAAUGAAUUCAGUGGCAACCUUGCUUUUGGGCUAGGGGGGUGUUCAGAACUUAAGGUUUUUCGUGCUGGUCACAAUAACCUUUCAGGAUUACUUCCAGAAGAUAUCUAUAAUGCUACCAAACUUGAAGAAAUUGCAAUACCUCUCAAUUCACUACGUGGAUCCAUUAGUGAUAAAAUUAUCAACCUCACCAACCUUGCAAUCCUUGACUUCUACAUUAAUCAAUUGAGCGGUGGGCUUCCUUUCAAUUUUGGGAAGCUCUCCAAGCUGAAGUUUGUGAACCUUGAUUUCAACUAUUUAGAAGGUGCUUUGCCCCCAUCUUUGAUGAAUUGCACAAACCUCGUAGAACUUCAUUUGGGAUUCAACAACUUGGAAGGAGAUAUCUCCAUGCUUGAUUUCUCCAUACUUAGUCAACUUACAAAACUUGACUUAAGGGGGAAUAAUUUCACUGGUACGUUGCCAGUAAGUCUUUACUCAUGUAGGUCCCUAAAAGCCAUUGGAUUGACUGGAAAUCAUCUAGAAGGACAAAUACAAGCGGAGAUUCUUUCAUUGAAAUCCUUGUCUUUCCUCUCUCUUGGUUACAACCAAUUCACCAACCUCACAGGGGCAAUGAAGAUAUUAAUGAGUAGCAAAAGUCUUCACAUACUCUUUCUUACUGGUUCCUUUGUAGGUGAGGAAAUGCCAACUGAUGAUGACAUGGUUGAUUUUGAUGGAUUCCAAAAUCUUUGGUUGUUGAGUUUGGCCUAUUGUAACCUCACUGGUCAAAUACCUCUGUGGUUAUCAAAGCUAAAAAAUCUAGAGCUCUUGAGUCUAAAUGUUAAUCAAAUCACAGGGCGAAUUCCAAGUUGGCUAGGAACUCUCCCUAGACUAUUUUUUAUCAACUUGUCACACAAUCGAAUUUCAGGUGAAUUUCCAAAGAAACUUUGUAGACUACCAAGUUUGAUUUCUAAACCUAUUGCAUCUGAAGUAGACCAAUAUGAAUUUGAAUUACCUCUCAUCACAAUCUCAGAUAGAAAAACUUAUCCACCGCACAGAUUGUCUUACUUUCCAGCGUUGAUAGACCUAUCUGACAAUAACAUUGAUGGAGAUAUACCUACUGAGAUCCACCAAUUGCAGCUUCUUCGCAGAUUGUAUCUUAACUCCAACAAUUUCGUCGGCGUCAUUCCAGACCAAAUAUCUAACCUAAAAGAAUUAGAGGUUUUGAACCUCUCCAGGAAUCAUUUGUCUGGAAAAAUCACAUCGUGUUUGCUGAGACUUAAUUUUUUGAGAAGCCUUGAUGUCUCAUACAAUAAUCUCCAAGGACCAAUACCAACAAGCACUCAGAUCCAAAGCUUCAACGCUUCUUCCUUUGAGGGGAAUCCAAAACUUUGUGGUGACCCGCUUCCAAACAAGUGCGGACCAAAUAAGGGCAUUGAUGAAGAUAACAAGAACAAAGACGUGGACAAUGGGCUUCAUCAACUUCCAUGGUUUUAUAUCUUUGCUGCAUUGGGGUUCAUAGUGGGAUUUUGGGGAGUCUGUGGUUCUUUAGUUAUUAACAAGACAUGGAGAUAUGCAUAUUUUCGAUUCAUCGACAAUGUACAAGAUAGGUUGUAUGUGAUGGUAACAAUGCGCAUCAACACGAUCAAGAGAAGUCUUAGAGGCUAG